CAAAGAGUAGCCUUCACUUGCUGAACUGUCGUGGUGCGGUAGUCUCGCUAAGAGCUCAGAGCAUACGGUCCACUGCGUAGGAAGCGAAAACGUAGUCUCCGGGACUAGCAUCGAAACUAGAUGGCGAAGGGAGUAGCAGAGGAUAUCGAUCGGCCUCUGACUUGGGCAGAGAGCGGGCAGUCGAUCCUCAAGCUGAACAUCCGCCAUCUGUGGUUAUGUGGCGUGUGGCCUUUACCCGGUUGCUGGCUGUACGACGCGUACGCCAUUAUGGGCCUAAUAGUAGGAGCCGUGAACGCGGUAGAGAGUGCGGUGUCGCUCUACUUCUACUGGGGAGACAUGGAGGAGACCACGCUGCUGCUUACCAGUAGCGUCAGCAACGGCUGCGGCACCGUCAAGAUGGCUGUCUUCAUGCGAAACCAGCGGCAGUACUUCGCGAUGGCCAGACGCGUAGAGAUGAUGAUGUCUAUGCAGAACGAGUACACCUCCGAGGACCCUGCCCUGGAUGAAAUUCAGCAGGUAGCCCACAAACGCGGCUACCGCCUCACCCUCUUCUGGACGCUGUUGAUGUUCUCGCAGUACUUCGUGUGGUACCCGAUGCCGUUCUACGCGCACCCGGGAGAGCGGCGCCUGCCGUUCGCCCAGCACGCCUGGGACAACAACACCAACCAGUACGCGCUAUCGUACUUUCUGCAAUGCGCAGCGUCGGCGCGCGGCACCCAGCUCAGUUGGAGCCUCGACCUGCUGUUCGUGUCCGUCAUGCUUCUCGUGGCUGCGCAACUGGAGAUACUCUCUCGGCGCAUUACCAGCCUGAAAGAGGAGAGCCACGAAGGAAAGGCAGCAGCAGUCGGGGAGAAAAGCGUGAAAGGCAUGGCGGCAAACAUUUACGAUAACAUGUACGACAAUUUGCGUCUUUGCAUUGAAACUCAUCAGAAGCUUCUCAGCUUUAUCAGAUACUUGGAUGACACUAUGAGUUCCGUUGUAAUGAUUCAAUUCUGCGUUAGCGUCCUCCUCGUGUGUGUGGCAUUAUUUCAAGCAACAUAUAGUACAGACUCGACUGCAGUGCUUAGGUGCGCGCUCUACCUUCCAAUGCCCGGUAGCCAAGUGUUCCUAUAUUGCUGGGCCGCACACAGUGUAACGGAGCAGGCGGAGGCGGUGUCGCUGGCAGCAUACAGCUGCUCUUGGGUGGGGACGGCCAGACGCAUCAAGCAGUCACUCAGGAUCAUCAUCAGCCGCGCCCAGAAGCCACUGGUCCUCACAGCUGGGCACAUCUACCCCAUUGACAGGGAAGCCUUCGUCUCGCUGGUGAAUGCAUCCUAUUCGUACUACGCAUUGUUGGGUCAAAUGAGUAAACGCUAGACACAAACUCUUUGCAGCUGAAUCGUUGAUGAAUUCUGAUUUCUACAGCUUUCAAUAAAAUCGCACCGUAUUUCCAAAAUUUCGUACACAAAUGUCGGGCUUAGAUUAAAUUUUCUGGUGUUAUGAACAGCUAAAAAAAUUAACCGUUAAUGCAACAUUAAUUAAAACGCCAUUAAUGAAUUGAAAGGAAAGCCACUUAUGUUCUUAGGUGAACUAUGUAAAUUGCAGAGUGUAAUAGAGCGUUUUGUAAAAAAGUUGCUAACGUCACACUAUUUUUUCUAUUUUUAAUAGAAAUCUACAGAGAAUUAUUCACAUAGAAAAGAAAUUUAUAGAAUUGCUGGAUUGAUAACUUAUUUUUUCUAGACACAAUUUUUGCAAUGCAAGUGUUAAAUUUUUAUCUUGAAAAAGAAGUUCCUGUUUCUAUGAACUAAAAUAAUUCAUGGUGAUCACACACAAAGACAAUCCUAUCGAAGAUUCUGUUGAAACAAGAAAAAGAAAACCUUUGCACCAGAGAGAUGAAGCUGUAAAAUUAUGUACCCUGAUAAGAUCUAUUACCAGAGAUUUAAUCAUUUUACUUGUAUCUGAUAGUAAAUGUUUAUUAGUUUUAUAGAAAUGAAAUCUGUACUCCAAAUGCUGUCACAUUAAGGUGCAGAGCUCUCUAAUACUGAAAUGUUCUGUCCACCACGGUAUGUAAUAAUCAGAAUUCCACUUUUUGAGAAUAUUAUUUGUGUUAAUAGAUCAAUUGUUGUUACUGAAAAAGAACUGUAAAUUUAUUAUCAGUCGUUGAGAAAUAUUUUGUCACGUCUGUAAAGUGAUAAUUUUUAUUAUUCUGUAGUACUAUGAAUUACUAACCUCCUUUACUACCAUAAUUUAACGCAAAUAUAAAUAUAAUUCUGGAUACAAGUGAUUUACAUUUGCAACUAUUUUGUACACUUGAUUGAUCGCCUGCAAAUCUUUUACAGCAAAACAUAGGGCUCCAGCGCAUGCACAAGUGAUUUUAUUUGCCCACUGUAAUUGCAAUAUGAAACGAAAUUAGAUUAUCAUACUUAGAUUGACAUAUAUUCAUGUAAUA